GCCAGGAACAUCCGUCAGAGCUAGCGCUCGGUAUUAGCUCUCGUAACCGAGAGCUGAAUUUCACAGGACGCAGCGCGACGUGUGCCCGCUUUUAAGUUGUAUUCAAGGCGUCCUUCCUCUCCCCGUUUCUCGUCGAGAUUCCAGUCCGUGUCGCGAGCAGGUCGAUGGAGAGUGUCGAACGUGACAUACGAGUGAGUGUCGUGAGACUCCAGCCAGUGCGACGACGUUCGUGAUUACGACGGGAUUACAUCAGUUGAGUUACGUUGGUGGGUUCGUGUCGAUAUUUGGCGACACCGGCGAGACGACGAGUAUGUAUCUGUCAUAUGUUAGUGAUGCGUGAACAAGAGGCUGGGACUUGAUUGUCCGUCGCUGAGUGACUGCCGAGACAACUGGUGUCGAUUUAACGGAAUAACGGACAUCGAUGAUCAUUUGCAGAUUGAGAAAAAAUUGAUGUAAAUAAUAAAAAACUUAAUUCUAAGAAAGAAACAAUUGAGAGAUCGAAGAUAUUUUAGGAACUGUGUGAAGAGAUAUAGACUUUGAAGAAGUGAAAUCUUCUGGUGGGGACCGGAAUGUUCCAGUGAUAAUUUAACAGUGUUUAUCAAAAGUCCAGAAGUUCUUUGUUAUUGCAGAUCGUUUGAUUGAUUCGAGGAAGGCGGCUUGGAGGCAGCCGCGAUGCUGCGGCGAACUUAAUCCCGACGAUUCAGCAUUCACAGAUCCGUUGGUCCUGUCAAAGUGGGUUGUCCACCUGGGAAGCGUACGAUAAUCGUACGAUGAUGCCGCUCGCGCCGACGCCAAUCGUCCCGGUGCCAUCUAAGCCGAAAAUCGGCUUUAGCAUCGACUCGAUCGUCGGCGGCGGGCAAGGAGGCCGCGAAGCGGAUCGUCUGGAUCGUCUGGAGCGAGUCGAAAUCGAUGGCAGUCCAAUGGAGAUAGUCGAGGGCUCGUCCUCGCCGCGAUCGCGCCGGGUCGCCACGAGAUCACCCGGUGCUCAUUCCGAAGGCUCCGAUCGACCCGUUUCUAGAAGUUCCUCUGUAGAAUCAUACCCGAACUCACGACGGACACCGUCACACGCCACCGGUGUUGGUAGCGGCGGCGGCGGGGGUCAUCUUCAUCUUCAUAGUACCAAUCAUCACGGUAUUCCGCAUCAUCACAAUCUGUCAGCAACACAUCUAGACUUUGGUCGAACAACUGUUCACAGCCACAGCGGCGGCUCCACGCCCAACAACAGUCCUAGCCCGCCGCACAGGAUACCACACGGGGAUUCACCGGUCGGGUCGCAUCCCCAACCACCCCCAGGGGUGGUCAGGCCCAGUCCGAACUACCUCGCGCCACCACCUAGCGCCGCGACGGCCGCGGUUAUGGCCGCGGAACAGCUCAAGUCUUUAUAUGGACUACCCGCCAGCCACAGUCCUGCGGGACCGCAGACUGGCCAGAAUGAAUACCACACGCAGCAAUUGGCUUUAGCUGCCAAUUUGGCUGCGGCCCAGCACUUUCAGGCGGCGAAUAUCGCGGUGGCGCUUCAAGCGCAUCACGGCGCGACACCCCAUGGACCGCCACAUGGGCCUUAUCCACACGGCGGGACUCCCGGUGGGCCACAUCCGCCCCCUCACCCUCAUCAAGCGCCUAGAGACAGCUACCCCUUAUAUCCUUGGUUACUCUCAAGGCAUGGUAGAAUUUUUCCACACAGAUUUCCUGGAGGUCCCGACAUACCCGGCUUCUUACUUCAACCCUUCAGGAAGCCGAAGAGAAUAAGGACAGCGUUCAGUCCAAGUCAACUGCUUAAGCUGGAACACGCCUUCGAGAAAAAUCACUACGUUGUCGGCGCAGAGAGAAAACAGUUGGCGCAAGCGUUAUCAUUGACCGAAACUCAGGUGAAAGUAUGGUUCCAGAACCGUCGGACAAAACACAAGCGGAUGCAACAGGAAGAAGAGGCGAAAGCCCAACAGCAAUCGGGUGGUGGAGGUGGUGGUGGCGGAGGCGGUGGUGGAGGUGGUAACGGAAAUGCUAACAACAAUAGCAACAAAAACACGCAUCAUGUCAGCAAAUGGCAGCAGGAGACUGGUGACUAUCAUCACGAGGAGGAGGAUGAAGAAGAACACAUCGAUCCGGAAGCUGAGGAAUGUUCAAGCGGUUCCGAAGCGUAGCUAGACGUUCUCUGCCUGGAUUAAGAUCCAGGAUCGAGUAAAUUGUCUUGAACAAACUUCGAGGAGAGAAAAAGGUGAAGGUCAUACAAUGAAGUCAUCCAUUGGAAGAGAAUAGCGGGACACUGACUAAUCGACUUAGGUUUGUUCGAGUUCGUCAUCGAGUUGAGCAUCGGAAAAUUGAAUUCUUCGAAAUGUCUAUGAUCGUGUUAACGUUAUGCGCAGGAAGCUAAUAGCAAUGAGUAAAUUACCAUGCAAUAGUAAUAGCACGGCGUUUUUCGCAUCAAAUUACGGUCGAAGCUUCGGGUAUGAGUUCGAUGUACAAAAGGAAAAUCAGAAGAUUCGGAAAUCGUGAUAACGACCGGCGACGGUACGGUACUCAUCAUAUUGCAACUGAAAGCGCGACAUCGUGAAUGCGAAAAUAUUUGAGUUGCUUGUCGAAUAAAAGAUCUAGGUUCGAUUACUAUACUUGCCAUUUCGAAUAUCGACACUAAGAAUUUUGAGUAGAAAAUUAUUCCACUUUAAUUCAAACAAAGCUUUCGUGUAUUUUUGUCUCUUCGUAUUUUCUCCCUCUCUCUUUCCUUUUCAAGUCUGUUAUUUCUUGUCAGAAUGAUGACCUUUUUUGCACAUAUUCACGGAACUUACAGUUUUAACGCCGGUUUCAAAUGGCUUAUUGGAAGAAGGCAAAGAUACUCUCUCGAUAGUUUGUCAUUGCUUUCUGAGAAGUGAUGACCAAAUGAAAUUUGACACAUGCACUGUUAAAAAAAUAUUAUGAAAUUUAAUGUAUUUUUAA